AUGACAGAGGUCGUUGUUUUGUUUCCGACAGGGAAACGCGUGCGGAUGCAGCUCCUGGUACAAUGUGACUGGAACGGUGCCGUUUACUCUGCUGACGUCGCUCGUGAGCUGAUGGAGCUGCUUCGUACCGAAGAUGUCGUUGCUACGGUGACCCGCGUUCAGGCUGCUGUCCCGCUCACUGCCACUGCGCACGAUGAGGACAACAUGAGCGGAAACAUUGCCUGUGACGCUGCCGGCAACGCUAACGACGGCUUGGAGGGUGGCGCUGGGGAGAGCCGGCCUGUGCUGGACAGCUACAGGGUCAUCAUUUACGGUGAUGAGGGCGAACCGCUGCCGAAAAAAAAUAUGAUAUUUGCCGCCGUCGUUCCUGAAGCGGCGGAACUCGAACAAACGCGUGGGGGUGCGGCAGAGGAAGAGACACCUGAGAAGGAUGGGAGUGAUGAGAGGAAGAAGAAAUAUGAGGGGCAGGAGGAAAAGGAGGUUUACAUGUGGUACUUUAUUAAGGCAAAACAAGCUUCGUUUUCUGCUCUGGAUGUGCCAUUCUGCGUGGAGCGGACUUCUGCGGACGUGUUUUCUACCUAUUCUCGCCUUGCAUGUCAUAUUCUCGAGCGAGGACAGGAGCUCAGGAGGCGUUGCUUGAAGGAACGACACGCCGCUGGGGAGGAUCUGUCGGCGUCGACGCCUGACCUGUUCACAGGGGAGCUCAUGGACGUCGGUGACGGGCGCCACUUUCACCUGCUGUACCAGGCAAGCGCGCGCAGCUCCAAACGUCCCAUUACCCCCGGCGGCGCGGAUCCUUACUUUGGGUGUUUUGGUGCCACGAACCCCUCUCUCAGUCAAUCUGGUGAGCCACGGGUGUGGCUGGAGUACGAUGAUUCCAGGUUGGCCCUGCGUGAUGGCUUUCAGUGCAUGACGCACCCCUCUGCAUGCACGCCAAGAUAUUCCUCCCUUCGUGGCUUGUCUGUUGACUGCAACGAGGCGAGCAAUAGGGUCACAUUGGAGGAAUGCCUGGAAGCGACCUACUCACCUGACAAGCUUGAGGGGGAUAACGCCAUCGAGUGCAGGAAAUGCAGGGGGCGUCAGGACAGCAAAAUGGAACGCAGACCAUUUUUGCUGCCGAAGUGUCUUCUUAUUUCGCUCAAGCGCUUCAGAGUGCAUAUGGAGGAGGCAUCGAAGAACAACACGCGUGUGAAGUUUUCGAAGGUGCUGGACAUGGCUCCUUACCUUGACCCGGAGUCGCCCGUGCGAGACGCAACGUACACACUGCGUGGUGUCGUGACUCACAGGGGGGACAUUAAUUACGGGCACUACAGCGCGGUGGCGCUGAACGACAGUUGCGGCAAGUGGAUCUUGUAUGACGAUGGUCACACCUCAAUUGUGGGGGAGGCCCCCAUCAAGGAUGCGUUUGUCCUCUUCUACGAGCUUGCCAAGGCCGAGGUUGACACGCCUGAGCAUGCCACCGGCAAAACGAGCAGGUUAUAA